AUGGAAGGUACAUCACAUCCGUAUAUGUCUCAAAGUUACCUUAAUGCUCAAGAAACCGCGACAAGGGCAACGAAAAACCACCUAACUUCGCUCCAUUCGACCCGAAAGCAACCUUCAUCAAAGCCCUUGAAGAGGCCUAUAACAUCAUCUCCGUUGAAGCCAAUACAAUCCCAAGUUUACCGAGUCGAGCCAGUGAACUUCAAAGAGUUAGUUCAGAGGCUAACCGGUGCACCUGAGGAGGUCGAAGUUGAGGCUAAACCGGUCAAGAGUUUGGAUGAUGCAGCAAAGGAGAGUUCUUCGUUUGCAUAUGAUCUUACAUCUUCAUCAUGGGGAGUUUUAUCACUUCAAAAUCAUGCAAAUGUCUCCAAAUGGUAG